UACAUAUACCAUUUUGGGUUUCCAAUCAAAUUAGCACCUACAUCUUCUUCCCAAUCUUCUCUCUGUAUUUUGUUUUCUUGAUCUAUACAUAGCUUCACCUACACCUCAGACAUGUCCUUCGCAAACCCAAGUGGCUACGAUAAGUUCUCAACCACGCCGCCUCCACCUCCACCGCCGUCGUCAGUGGCGCCCCCCUACUUCAGUCAAUCCACCACCACAGGCACCAGCACCACUGGUGUUCCUUUGAGCUCCACAAGCUCCUACAGCUAUGCUGAGAGUCCUAAGAAUAACCUUCGUUUAAGGCCAAAGACGAGAGUCCCGUGGUCGUCGGGGUUAUUUGGCUGCUUCUCAGACUGGAAAAACUGCUGUAUUACGUUUUGGUGUCCUUGCAUCACUUUUGGUCGAAUUGCUGAAAUCGUUGAUAAGGGAUCAUCAUCUUGUGGUGUUAAUGGAGCAUUGUACACGCUAAUUUGCUGCGUGACUUGUGGAUCUUGCUGCUACUCUUGCUUCUACCGUGCCAAAUUGAGGCAGCAGUUCUUGCUGGAGAAAACUCCCUGCGGAGAUUGCCCGGUGCACUGCUUUUGCGAGUGCUGUGCCUUGUGCCAAGAGUACCGUGAGCUCAAAAGCCAUGGCUAUGACUUGAAAAUAGGGUGGCAUGGAAACAUGGAAAGGCAGAACAGAGAAGUAGCAAUGACUCCAGUUACAUCAACUGCGCCUGUAGUGGAAGGAGGCAUGUAUAGAUAGAGGAGGAAGGAUAAAUGGUGUCAUUAUCAUUAUAGUAUUAAUGAUAAUUGUGUUGCGAUAGAUUGUUGUUUUAGUAGCAAUAAUCCUAGACUGGUGUAAGUGAAGAAACUACUAUAAUUUUCAGUCAUACAUUUUAAACUUUAAAAGGUUGUUUUGAAAAUUCAAAUGGUGCUUUAACUACUAAAAUUUUAAAAUAAAUGGCUGAAAAUUAGUGUUCUACUUGUGUGAGUUUAUCCUAGCUGUUGUUGUUUGCUUUAAGAAGUAUUGCAAGAAUUUUGUGAAUAUUGUAUGGCUUUGAGUGAACUUAUGUAGUUUGGAGGUUUUAUAAUAAUAUAUGGUAAUGUUUUUC